GCAUCUGUGUCAGUGUCCAUGUGACAUUGGCAACUCAAUUGAGUGUAUAUGAGUAAUAGAUUGCCAUAGUAGUGGGUGUACUAUAUACAAGGAUGUGAUGCUUUUUUAAAUAUUGUUUAUUGUAGUAUGAGUUGAACCACAUUAGUUCAGUGAUGUCAGUGGUGAGUGCAACGUGUGAACCCGAUCUGUCAGGACAUAUCAAACAAGUGACCACUAAAAUCCGCUGUGUUAAUUUUCCUUUUUAUUUUUUUUUUAUAUUUUUUUUUCCUGGUAAGUGUAGACAGAGUAAUAUCUCGCAACAAUCGAUAACUACCAACUUUGUUAAUUAUUGUUAUCACAAGAUGUUGUUUUAUUUUUUGUAAAUAUAAAUAUUAUUGUAUUGUAUUUCUACAGACGUUGGAAUUCAAGACUUGCAGAUGAUGAUGAUAAUGAUGAUAAUGAUGAUGAUGAUGAUGAUGAUGUGAGGUGGUGAUGAAAGAAAACCUUUUAAAAAACGUUAUCAGUCAUUUGUGAGCAAGAGUAUGACUAAUAUGUCUUUUUAGUUAGUACACCCGUGAAGAUAUAUUAAAUUUACAAAUAUAGAAACGAGUUUUAAUUAUUUUAAAUGAACAAUAUUGACUAUUGGAGGUUUAUUUUUAUUAACAUUAUGUGUGGAAUGCAUUUUAAUAAUGGACACAACUGUUGCGUCAAUAAAGAAUUUAUUUUAUAUGUGCAAUAUUUUAUAUUAAUUAACUCGGCAAUUAGUGGGUGUUGUUAAUUUGUUUUUUUUUGAUAAAACAGUCUAUGUUUUAUGAUUUAUUAUAAUUGUCCAAAUAACAGAGCAAGAAUCGACAAAAGGACCACGUGGAGGUAGCGCAAGUUCACGAAAAAAUAUGUACAAGUAUGUCCGAAAGCAGGAUGAAGGCAGAGUACGAGGAGGUAGAGAAGACAGAAGAGGGUUCACUGUACGUGUUCCCCGAGGAGGCGAGUCGUGUACCCGCAUUAAAUCCACCAGCAGCGAGGCUGCCCGCAAUAAUGACGUCAACUUUGUCAUGGGUAAAAGACGUUGUGGAUUCGGAAGAAAGUGGCGACCUGGUAAAAGGCCGACGUUACGCACCGUCACUGGUGCUAAGAACCCACGCCAGGUCAGCAAGCCACGCUGGAGUUUUAGCGCCUUCGGCAACGGCUUGCCAACAGUCAAUGAAUCUGUCGGGUCCAUUGCCAAAUAUACCAGUGACCUCAUCAGUAACGGGAGCAAUGCGCCCGUCGGCGCUGAAGAAACCCGGGCAUCAGAGAGCAUUCUCACAGGGUCAAGUAGUUGAUAUUAAAAAUCAGUCCUCGGAGGUGACGGGCCACAGUAGAGUUGGCUCGAAAACAGACUUUAUAUUGCCUCCGGGACAUCGCGAUGAACCAAGAUCAGCAUCAAUUGGGGUCGGUGGCAAUACUGCUACUAAGACACCAUCUUUUCGGGGUCACGCGAGACAAGCUUCUAGAUCAGAGUCUAUUUAUACGAUAAGACGAUCCGCUGCUCCACCUUUGUGGAGGCGAAUAUGUGCCCAUUGUUUUGGUUCGUUUAAUUCACAAGAAGAAUCCCGACUGAGAACUAUUGUGCCUAAUCACCUUGUACCAGUAAAAACCCCAUUAGAUCAGCAUCCUAAUGGUGCUCGUGUCGAUAAUAGGGUACGAACGACUAAGUAUACAUUGCUAUCUUUCUUGCCACGCAAUCUAUUGGAGCAAUUCCAUCGGGUUGCUAAUUUGUACUUCAUUUUUAUUGUAUUAUUAAACUGGGUACCGGCUAUUAAUGCAUUUGGAAAAGAAAUAGCCAUGAUCCCGGUUUUAUUUGUUUUGGGUGUCACGGCAGUUAAAGACUUUUUUGAAGACCGUCGGAGAUUAGCCAGCGAUCGACGAGUUAACAACUCAAUGUGUCGUGUAUACCUUAGUGAAGUUGACCGAUAUGCCAAGGUCGCCUGGAAAGACAUCAAAGUUGGAGAUAUUGUUCAUUUAUCAAACAAUGAAGUUGUACCGGCAGAUAUUCUCUUACUUAGAAGCAGUGAUCCUCAAGGAUUUGCUUUUUUGGACACUUGUAAUCUUGACGGAGAGACAAAUCUUAAGCAACGUCAAGUAGUCCGUGGAUUUUUAAAUCACCAAAAUUCAUUCCAACCUUCAAAAUUUCGCUCUGUAGUUGAAAUUGAUGCACCGACGACUAAAAUUUAUAGAUUUUAUGGGGCAGUGGUACAUCCUGAUGGCACCAGAGUGUCAGUCACAACAGAGAAUCUAUUAUUGCGAGAAUGUUUGUUAAAAAAUACAGACUACGUUGAAGGUAUUGUCGUUUAUGCAGGUCAUGAGACUAAAGCAAUGCUGAACAACGGAGGACCGAGGUACAAACGUUCGCGACUAGAAAGAAAAAUGAAUACAGAUAUCAUAUGGUGUGUUGUAAUUCUUUUGCUGUUGUGUGUCAUCGGAGCAGUUGGCUGUCGAAUUUGGCUAUCAAUAAUCAGUAGUGACGUGGCUUCAACAAUGUCAAUACCAUUUUUAUCAAUAUCCCGGAGUUCUAUUUUUGAAGGAAUAAUAUCUUUUGGUACUUUUAUUAUUAUAUUACAAGUAAUGAUACCUUUAAGUUUGUACGUAACAAUGGAAAUGGCUAAAGUCGGUCAAGUUUAUCAUAUCGGACAUGACGUCGGGCUUUUUGAUGAAGAAACCCAACAAAAAACUGAAUGCAGAGCUUUGAAUAUAACCGAAGAAUUAGGACAAAUUCAAUAUGUAUUUUCAGAUAAAACAGGAACACUUACGGAAAAUAAAAUGAUAUUUAGACGCUGUACAAUAGGUGAUGGGUAUGAUUACCACCACGAUGGCGAGGAUGAAAAUAUUUUAGUGUGUACGCGUUUAAAAGAAGAUUUAUUGAUCGGAAACACCCGUCAUAGGCUUCAAGAAUUUUUAAUUCUUCUCGCUAUUUGCAAUACAGUUGUAGUGAAUACAAUUCCACAUCAUGAUUCAAUGAAUUCAAAUGGAACAGUCGACGAAGAGCCCGCUGAGUCUGACGAAGUAUCACCGAUGAAAUACAAUAGAUUAAAAAGAUUAGAAAUAUUAAAUACAACCGCGCCGUCUUCAUCAUCAUUAGCUUCACAGCCACCAACAUCGUCACAACAGACACCUUUGUCGACGAUGAUACCGUUGUCGGCACUGCCUCUAUCUACCUCAUUCAACGAUUUUAGUCAGGAUAAUGCAACAGUAGCAGCAACAACACCAACUACAACAAUAUCCACAUCUUCAUUAAGGCUUGAAAGGCCUUUGUCUUUAAAUGUAUCCAACAAAAUAUUCCGGCGUAAAUUAUUGAACAUUGCUACAAUAUCCGGAAUGCUUUUACGUAAACACUCGCCCAUAGAUGAAGAAGUUAAGUAUGAUAGUAAUAAUUCGCUAUCGAAUACCGAUGCUCAAACAAUUUAUGGCUAUCAAGCGGAUUUACAACCACGUAUUUACGAGGCUGAAAGUCCUGAUGAAUUAGCGCUCGUUCAUGCAGCCAAAGCUUAUAAUAUUAAAUUGAUAAACAGAACGUGUAAGAGCGUUGUUAUAUCACUGCCAAAUAAAUCAACACUUACGUAUGAAAUCUUGCAAGUAUUGCCGUUUGAUUCAACGAGAAAGUGUAUGUCUAUUGUUGUACGUCAUCCUCUUACCAAUGAAAUAUUGUUGUACACCAAGGGAGCUGAUUCAACGGUAUUGUCAUCACUGGCUGAAGGUGUUGAAGCUAAUGACGAUGAAUUAUCGGCAAGUGUUGUUAAAAUACGACAACAAUUAUAUACGUACGGUCGUCAAGGUUUAAGAACCCUUGCGACGGGCAAACGAGUGCUCACUGAAAGUGAAUUCGAUUUGUGGAAACAAAAAUAUGUGGAAGCUGAAUUGUCGGCGAGUGAGAAUAGGGAAAAAAAAAUUCGUGAGUGUUACUCACUUUUGGAGUCUAAUUUAAAACUUGUUGGUGCUACGGGCAUUGAAGAUAAACUGCAAGAAGGUGUACCUGAGGCUAUAGCAACUCUUAUAAGUGCAGGAAUUGUCGUUUGGGUACUGACUGGUGACAAACCAGAAACAGCAGUAAAUAUUGCAUACUCAGCGAGACUUUUCACCCCGUCAAUGCAAUUGCUGAGACUUCACGCGAGGUCUAAAACAAUAACUGAAAACUUAAUACGUAGUUUUUUGGAAGCCAUUCAUAUGAGCGAAGAUGAUGUUCCAGAGCAGCAACAAAAAAGAGCUCUGGUUGUCGACGGAAAGACUCUGACGUUUAUUUUAGAUCCCAGAUCAGGACUUACGGCUCCGUUUUUGGAGCUUACGCAAUUCUGCUCCAGUGUACUGGCUUGUCGCGCCACACCGCUGCAGAAAGCUUACAUAGUUAAAAUUGUUAAGGAAAAAUUGUCUGUUAGGACAUUAGCGAUAGGUGACGGUGCCAAUGAUGUGAGUAUGAUCCAGACAGCAGAUGUUGGUGUCGGAAUAUCGGGGAGAGAAGGAACACAAGCCGUGAUGGCUUCCGAUUUUGCCAUUGCGAGAUUUCCUAUGCUCGCGCGAUUACUUCUUCUACACGGACACUGGUGUUACGACAGACUUGCACGAAUGAUCCUUUAUUUUUUCUACAAAAAUGCAAUGUUUGUCUUUCUUAUUUUUUGGUAUCAAAUGUACUGUGGCUUCUCCGGCGCAGUAAUGAUUGAUCAAGUGUACCUGAUGCUUUAUAAUUUAUUAUUUACCUCACUGCCUCCCUUGGCGAUUGGAGUUUACGACAGAAUAGCUCCUGCGAAUAUUUUAUUAUCAUACCCAGAGCUUUACGCUCGAGGAAGACUUGGACUUAUUUAUAAAUCUUAUUCAUUUUGGUAUACAACCGCCGAUGCACUUUAUCAGAGUAUUGUUAUCUUCUUUGUAGCGGAAGCGGCUUAUCAUGACUCUGAAGUGGAUAUCUGGGAGUUUGGAUUAACAAUAACUACCUCUUGCAUAAUUGUUAUGCUUAUUCAAGCGUCCUUAGAAUUCAAAUCUUGGACAAUCAUACAUGUCGCCACAAUUGUAGGUUCUUUUGGAAUUUUUUUCGGAUUUGCUCUUAUAUACAAUAUUGCCUUUAAAAAUCUAAUGGGCUUACCUGGCUCGUACUGGAUAAUGCCAAAAGCUCUUACACGUCAUACGUAUUGGUUAACAGUGAUACUUACUGCAGUACUUGCUAUUUUACCAAGGUUUUUGUACAUAAUAUUAAAAAAUACAAUCGCUCCGGACAUGAUCCUUCGAGCAAAGCUUCAAUCUAAAAUGAAGCAUGAUAUCACAACGACUACAACGAUGCUUACAUCGGCUACAAUGACUACUCAGAGUAAUCACAGUCGUCUGUCGGAAGCGAACGGUAUCCUUGCGAGUGGUUCACGUUCUUCGCAAAAUACAACUCCAAAAACCGAAGUUAGACCUGAAACAAAUAAUCCACUAACCACUAUUGUCGCAUAGAUUAAUUUAAGGGAUCAGAUAAAUAAUUUUAACCUUUA